AUGAAGGUUGCCACGGCUUUCCUGGCAUCCGCCAUUGCUCUCUUCGCGAAUUCUGUUACCGCUAGUGUCAUUCCUAUCGGAGACGUCUCGGUGGUGGAGAAUGGUAAUAUCAAGCGCCAAUCUUGUGUCAACACUGCUACAUCGAGAGAGUGCUGGGGCGAUUACAGUAUUGACACUAACUGGUACGAUGUCACUCCUGAUACCGGAGUUAUCAGAGAGUACUGGUUAUCGGUGGUGAACACAACAUUGGCACCAGAUGGGUACGAGCGUUACACCAUGACUUUCAACGGCACCAUUCCGGGUCCAGCGCUCAUUGGUGAUUGGGGAGAUACCUUUGUCAUUCACGUCACCAACAACUUAGAAAACAACGGUACCGCCAUUCACUGGCAUGGUAUGAGACAACUGAAUAAUACCGAGUUUGAUGGAGUUCCUGGAGUAACACAAUGCCCACUCGCUCCUGGAGAGUCUUUGACUUACACCUUCCCUGCUACCCAGUAUGGGACCACCUGGUACCACUCUCACUAUGCCCUCCAAUAUGCUGAGGGUCUUUACGGUCCGUUGAUUAUCAACGGUCCAACUACCGCCAACUAUGGUGAAGAUCUUGGUGCUCUCAUGGUUGCUGAUUGGGACCACACUUCUGUCUUCAAGCUGUGGGACAAAGUCAAAACUGGGGGGCCACCUUCCCUCGAUAACACGCUCCUAAAUGGCACAAAUGUUUAUGACUGCACUACCAGCAGCGAUGCGGCCUGCCUUGGUACUGGUAAAUACUUUGAAGUUGUCUUUGUCGAAGGCACCAGCUACAAGCUCCGAAUUAUCAACGUCGGCACAGAUAUGCAUUUCCGAUUCCAGAUCGAUGCUCACAAUUUCCAAGUUGUUGCUAUGGAUCUUGUUCCUAUUGUACCUUACACUACUGACAACCUCCUUGUCGCAAUUGGCCAACGUUAUGAUAUUAUCGUCAAUGCCAAUGCGACCAAUGGUGGAGACUUCUGGCUUCGUGCAGUUUGGCAGACUAGCUGCGGCAGCAAUCUCAACGCGGCAAAGUCACUCGGAAUAGUUCGUUAUAAUGCCUCAUCUACAGCUGACCCUACUACCACACCGGCAACAACGUAUGCCAGUGCCUGUACCGAUGAGCCGCUCGCAAGCCUUGUUCCUUACUACGCAAUGAACGCCACGGCUAGCACACCAACUUCCAUCGCCAUCUCCAGUGUCGCUGGCUCCUGGGAGAUCAACGGCGGCACUCUACAGCUGAACUGGUCCGAUCCUACGAUCCUCAUGGAUUACCAGAAUGAGUCGAUCUUUCCUACUGACUACAACGUGUUUCCUUUGCCAACGGCCAACGUAUGGGUUUCCUUCAUCAUCACUGCUACCGGCCCCGGCGCAGCUCACCCAAUCCACCUCCACGGCCACGACUUCUGGAUUCUUGGUCAGGCGUCAACGGCUUACAGCGCUACAACUACCGUCCUCAACUACAACAACCCUCCCCGUCGUGAUGUUGCUACUCUCAUCCCGGGUGGAUAUCUUGCCAUCGCUUUUAUCACUGACAACCCGGGCUCGUGGCUCGCGCAUUGCCAUAUCGCUUGGCACGCGUCUGAAUCGCUUGCUUGGCAGUUUGUGGAAAGAGAGAGUGAAAUCACUGGGACUCUCACCAGCGCAGAUACAUUCCUAGAUACUUGUGCGUCUUGGGAGACUUAUUACACCCCAACUGUUCCUCAAGAGGAUGAUUCUGGAAUCUAA